UGCCCCAGAGAAGCAGAGCUUUAUUAGUUGAACUAAUCCAUUGUGAAAUUAAUGGCAAAAGCUUAUUAAUACUCAACAUGGAGUUGAUUUGAAUGACAAAAAAGAAAUUAUGGGUUGGAGCAAGGAAUACUUGGAUAUAGUUUUGGUCCCAGCUGGUUUAUUCAUCUUGUCUAUUUACCAUGUUUUUCUUCUUUAUAAAUGCCUCAAAUUCCCUGAAACUACUGCCAUUGGCUUUGAAAACCAUUUCAGGAAAGCUUGGGUCGAAAGGAUGUUGCAGGUCGAGGCUAAAGAUAGAGGAUUAUCAUUGACAACGAUCAACAGCACAAUAUCAGCAUCAACUUUCUUGGCAACAACAUCGCUAGCAUUGAGUUCGCUAAUUGGAACAUUGCUAGCGGAUUCAUCACAUCAAAAGCUCUUCAAAAACAGUCUUAUAUAUGGCAACACAAGCUCAUAUAUCAAUUCGAUCAAAUACAUAACACUUCUCAUAUGUUUCUUGGUGGCUUUCGGCUCUUUUCUUCAAUGUGUACGCAGCUUUGUUCAUGCUUGUUUCUUGAUUAGCAUGCCCAAUGCAGUUAUCCCAAUGAGUUACGCCCAGAAAGCGGUGAUAAGAGGCAGUGCUUGCUGGUCCAUUGGCUUGCGAGCUAUUUAUUAUGCCACUGUUUUGCUGCUUUGGAUAUUUGGGCCAAUCCCAAUGUUUGCUGGCUGUUUGAUUAUGGUGCUGGUUUUGCAUUUGCUUGAUACAAAUGUGACUCCUUUGCAUCAGUUUGAAGAAGAUAACAAGUCUUGCAACGUGGUUGCCGAGAUCAAUUAAGAAGUUUCAUGCAAUAGCUGGUCCAGUUUUUGUGCAUCAUAUGAUAAAUCAAACUCGAAUGCAAUGUGAUGUUACGAUAGUUAUUGAAUUAAAUACCUUUGGAUCAUCUUUUGAAAAUAAA